AUGGGUUGUGCUUCUGGAGAUCUGUGCCUCUUACACACAAAUUUGAUUGACUGGGAUCAGUCAUCGAGAAUGAUUGAGCAUCGUUUGCAAGCAAUCUAUGGUAAACUCGGUCGAUGCCGGAUCAGCUGGCCAAGUCACAAAAAACAACGGGAACAUAGACAACCCAGGUUACAACGUCUGAUUCGAGCUGUAUCGGAACAUCUGGGCGAUGAACAGCCUCAAAGUAAACUGGACGAGAGGCCAGGAUCUCAACGAAUAAGUGCACUCAAACGGAUGCUAGUUACCAUGGUACCGGGUUCAAACGUGCAGGAGGAAUCGUUUCUUCCAAGCGAUCAAAAAUUUCGACCAAAAGAGGUAAGUGUACCGUCCAUCAGUUUAUUGCGAUCUCGUUCUAUAGACAUUUCAAGCUGA